AUGGUUGUUAAGCUCGCCGCGCAGACCGUCAAGGGUGCCGCGGAGAUGGUUCUAGAGACGGAGGAACACCCAGCUAUUCUGAAGGACAACGUAUGCGCAGCCUGGGGGGGACUGACGAUCGCGGCCAUCGAGUCUCUCGAGAAGAAUGGUUUUCGGUCCCAGGCGACGCGCGGUAUUUAG